UUCUAUAGAUACACUCAAGGAUUGCUCUAAUUUUAUCGCUCAAAAACUUACACAUUGAUUUAAUUAGGCUCAUUUGUAAGGAAAGAGAUGGAAGCGAUAUCCAUUGCAUCUGAUCCUCAUCUUUGUUUUCAAAUGGGAAAGAUAAAAAUCAGUGAGGGAAUGAAGUGUUUGAAAGAUUUAGUAGAAUGGUACAAGGACAACUUGACCACAGAAAGUGCUGGAAGGGUUAAUGAAAUCAUGACCUAUCUUCAAUCUCUUCAACGACAAGCAGUACAGGAGAUUGAAUCUUUAGCACAACUGAGAGAAGCACAUGUAUCUUCCAAUAUCAAUACAACAAAUCUGCGCUAUGGACAAGAAAUUGCCCAAAUAAGAGAACAAAAUAAAGAGAUUGAUAUGGUUUUGAAUACAAAUGUGGAGAAUUCAUCAUUUUCUACACGGAAAAGAUGGUCAAAGGUUUGGGAAGACUUCAUAUAUCAUGUCAAAGAUGGGAAGGAAUGGGCUCGGUGUAAACACUGUAAGAAAGAGUUUGUCGGAUCAAGUAAGAGUGGAACCACACAUCUCAGAAAUCAUUUAAAAAGCUGCCCAUGUUUGAGAAAUCCAGGUGGAGGUGUUGAUAAAGCAAAAGAGAAAAGUUUGAUUGAUCCAGAAUUGAAUGGCUCUGAUUUGGUGCGAAAGAUUAUUAAGUAUGGGAUAAAAGACAUAAAGAAUGAUAUAGUUGAUGUUUAUCAACAAGAGAAGGAUGAGCUUCGUGGAUAUUUAGAUAAACUCCCAUGUCGAUUUAAUGUGACAAUUGAGCGGUUGCCUGUAGUGGAAAUGUGGUUAAUGAGAAUCUGGUUUAUUGGUGAUAGUUGGGAACGGAAAGAUAGGAUUAUUUUCUUGGAAGCAGACAUAGAUGAUGUCUAUGAAAGUGUGAAGUCUUCGCUUGAGGAUUGGAACAUAGACAAAAAAAUAUGCAGUAUGAUAAGAAGUAGAUCUUUAUGUGAUGAGAAGUGUGAUGAGAAGGAAGAAGAGGAUAUUUGCAAUUGGUUCAAUGAACGAGGUUCACUUUCCUUCACUGGGAUUUGUCUUCCGGUUUCUUUUUUAUUAAGAAAAGUUGAAAUUNCCACACUGACAACAGUUUACCUCUUCCGUCCUUGA